CUUAUCGCUGCCGAAAUCAGGGAUGGCUCACCCGAUGGGCCAUGCUAUUAUUAAUAAGUUGAAGAUGCCCCCAUUUACUCGACCAAGGCGAUUCGUUUCUGGUUUACCCAGCAUCCUCUGACACAUCCCAAUAUACCAAACCGUUCAAUAGUGGAAAGUUGGCUGCUGCCGGGGAAUCAUGGUGUUCAAGAAACCAUCGGCCUUACGGGAACUCACCCCACGCCUGCUGCGUAUCCAUCUCUUCGCAUCGAUUGGUGCUAUGAACUUUGGAUAUGACAACAACUGGUGGUCCGGCGUCAUCAACGCGCAGAGUUUCAUCGACGACUACGGCCAGAACAACGGGCCCGGCCAACCUCGGACCCUGCCCUCGAGCUGGAUCUCCAUCGCCAGCGGCACCCCCAUCGCCGGCUGGAUUGUGGGCUGCGUGAUCGCGAGCUAUCUGACAAGCACGCUCGGCCGCAAGAAGACGAUUGUCAUUGUCUGCCUCAUCGCGCUCCUCGGCAUGAUUCUGCAGUGUGCCAUCCACAACUACUGGGGGUUGAUGGCUGGAAGGCUCGUCAAUGCCUUGUCUAUGGGAAUCGAGGCCAACUGCGUUCCCAUGUACAUGGCCGAGCUUGCACCAGCAUCCACCCGCGGCGGUCUCGUCAACCUCUACCAGACCUGGUUAUACGUCGGAGGUGUACUGGCAUCCGCCACUGUAUACGCUUCUACGAAGCAUCUCGUCGGACAAUGGACGUACAUGACGCCGAUUGUCGUCCAGCUAGCCCCGCCAUGCAUGCUCCUCUGCGCCGUCUGGUUCAUCCCCGAAUCGCCUCGCUGGCUCCUCCAGAAAGGCCGGAUGGACGACGCGCGCAAGGCGCUCGCGUACAUGCGCCACGGCGUCUCGAACGAGGAAGAGGUGGUGAUGGAGCUCAGGCUGGUGGACCAGGCCAUGCAGCACGAGAUGGAGAUCCACCGCGCUACUACCUAUGCCGACUGCUUCAGGGGAUCCAACGCCCACCGGACUCUGGUCGCCAUGGGUGUCCAGUGCCUGCAGCAGGCGCAGGGCAAUUCCUUUACCAGCUCGUACCUCGUCAUCUUCCUGAACCAGGUCGGCGUCGCCGACCCGCAGUUGAUCACCUGUGCCAAUUUGUGCUGCUGCCUUGGAGGAAGUAUCUUGGCCUUUUACCUGUCGGAUAAGAUCGGACGACGUCCCAUGCUAAUGGGUGGCGCCUUCUUCAUGGCGGGCCUCAUGUGGACGGUCAGCGGUCUGGCUAGUUGGACUCCGGGUGGCGUGUCUGGCGCGUCUGCGCAGGGGGCUAUUGCCGCCAUAUUGCUCUACGGCGCUUUCGCAGCUGCUUGCUGGGGAUCGGUGAUGUGGACAGUAACCGCCGAGGUCGGGACCUCCCAGCUUCGUGAACGGACCAUGGCUAUAGCCACCGUGGGCGGUUUCUCGACGAGCAUCCUGGUCACAUACAUCAACCCCUUCGUCCAGAACGAGCCCGGAAACCUCGGAUCACGAGUUGGGAUGAUAUACGGCAGCAUCUCCAUCCUGGCCAUUGUCUUCGUAUUCUUCGUGGUGCCUGAGAUGAAGGGGCGAAGUCUGGAAGAGCUGGACGAUCUGUUCCAUUCAAAGGUCCCUGCUUGGAAAUCGCGCAGCUUUAUCUCCACUGGCAUCGGUGCCCAGAUCACCAACAUGGAGGGCGCGAAUGUGGGGGAAGCCUAUGAUCAGGCUGUCAAGCAGGCGCUGGUCGUUGAUAGCGAAAGGGUGGAGAAGGUCUGAGAGGGGCUGGGGAACGGAUUGUAGCUAUGAUCAAACCGUAUGUAAGCCGCUUAACAGUGUAUUAAUAUCUGACCGGGUGAUCAAUGGAGCGAGGAUUAGCGAG